UUCAGAAACCUAGUGCCGAGCAGAAUGGAAGGCAUCGACCUGAUAGUGUGACGUUUACGCGCCCUUCUCUACCUGCGAACUUCUUUAACGCGUGGUGCGCUUUAGCAGUGAUAGCCAAAUCGUCACUUGGAGCGUGUAGCUUAACGUUGGACAGGUAGAUCGCCGGCUAGAACUGGUCUCUUAAAAAGAAGUGCAGCCGGAAAGUGACGCGCGGGGACGAACAUUUCCCGGAAGACGCCAGCUCGAUUUCUUUCGGUGUUUGCGUGUCGAGGCGAGAACAGAUCGAUCAGAGCUGUUAAAAAGGACAGCGAAACGCGUUAUAUCGCAUGUUCCAUAUUCGGAAACAUAUGGCCCGCACAUCGAUCGAAACGCCAAAUAGUUUGGAUUGAGGCUUUGUAUUUGUGAAUGCUCUGCAACUAAUUGCCCCUUGCCUUUAUGUGCGAGGCAAAGAAACACGUGUGAAUAUGUAAAACAGCGGUUAUAUAUGAAAGCCAACGACGCUCUGUCUACAGUGUAUAACUGGGAUCAGAGUUUCAAGGUUCUUAAAUAAAAACGGACUCAAGGAUGCCUUCGAUAGACCUUCCGUUCAGCAUCGAGACUCAGGCAAUUCACGCUGGGCAGGACCCGAAGCAAUGGAAUUCCCGUGCAGUUAUCCCACCCAUUUCGCUUUCGACCACCUUCCAACAAACUGGCCCAGCUGAGAUCUCUGGUUACGAUUAUUCCCGGUCGGGUAAUCCAACCCGAAAUUGUCUCGAAACCUGCCUAGCCGCAUUGGAAAAAACAAAGUAUGCCUUGUGCUACGCUUCGGGUCUGGCUGCCGUCGACAAUGUACUUCACCUUCUUCAAAACGGAGAUCACAUUAUUGCUUUCAAUGACCUGUAUGGUGGUGUGAACCGGCUGUUGCGUAACUGUGCCAUUCCACAUGGACUUGAAGUUGAUUUUGUUGAUGCUACCGAUCCUGCCAACAUCGCCGAUGCAAUAAAGCCUAACACAAAGGUGGUCUGGGUAGAGUCACCGUCCAAUCCAAUGAUGAAGCUGGUCGACAUCGCUUCUGUAGCAGCUCUCGUCAAGAAAAAUGCACCCGAUGCCAUAUUUGCUGUGGAUAACACGUUCAUGAGUCCAUACUUCCAGAAUCCUGUAACUUUGGGCGCUGAUCUCAUAAUGCAUUCAAUAACGAAGUACAUCAAUGGUCAUUCGGAUGUCGUAAUGGGCUGUUUAAUGACAAAUCGAGAUGAUCUACACCAGCGUUUGCGAUUUCUCCAGAAUUCAAUUGGAGCAGUACCUUCGCCGUUCGACUGCUUCCUGGUUAACCGCGGCAUUAAGACGUUAGCAGUUCGGAUGCAAAGACAUCAUGAAAAUGGGUUGAAGGUUGCUAACUUCCUGGAACGGCACCCUCAGGUCGAAAAGGUGUUACAUCCAGGCCUUCCAUCCCAUCCUCAACACGAUAUUGCAAUGAAACAGUGCAGUGGCUUCAGUGGAAUGAUCAGUUUCUACAUAAAGGGCGGCGAGAAGGAAUCGCGAGCUCUACUAUCAGCUUUAAAGGUGUUCACGCUCGCAGAAAGUCUCGGCGCCGUUGAAUCCCUUGCCGAACUGCCUUCAAUUAUGACUCAUGCCUCGGUGCUACCAGAACAAAGGGCUCGGCUUGGUAUCACUGACGCGCUCGUUCGUCUUUCCGUUGGUCUUGAGAAUGCCGAUGACCUCAUCAAGGACCUCACACAGGCCCUUGAGGCGGCCACGAAGGCGAAGUAGAGGCCCUUCGUUGAUUGCAACAUCAUACUGCAACGAGAGAUGUUAGUUUCUGGCCAUGAUUAAAGAAGACUAUGUUUAUAAAAAUUACACAACUUUAGUAAAUUGUAUGGUUAUACUUCUGUUUUAAUAAAAAUUUAAAUUAGGAGGA